CGUGUCAUUUGGUGUAAACACACCACUGCUCAUUCAGUGCGUAAUGCUGAGACGGCAUGAGAAAUUGUAUGAUCUCCGGUUAUAAUGUUUGGAUUAUAGACGGAAAGAGCUGCUUCAACUAAACAAGGAGCCAUGGAUAAUGUUCAAAAUCUUCCCAUUGAUAUACAAACCAGCAAACUCCUCGACUGGCUAGUGGACAGACGACAUUGCAACAUAAAAUGGCAGAGUGCUGUGAUGGCCAUUCGAGAGAAGAUCAAUGCUGCCAUCCAGGAUAUGCCUGAAAAUGAGGAGAUCAAACAACUGCUCUCUGGAUCCUACAUCCACUAUUUUCAUUGCCAACGGAUUGUUGAAAUCCUGAAAGGGACAGAGGCCUCUUCCAAGAAUAUAUUUGGCAGAUACUCCUCCCAGAGGAUGAAGGACUGGCAAGAAAUAGUGUCCUUGUAUGAAAAAGACAACAACUACCUUGUGGAGGUGGCCAGCCUGCUGGUGCGCAGUGUGAGCUACGAGGGCCCGGCUCUGCGCAGGCAGGUGGCCAAGGCUAAGCAGCUGCAGCAGGAGCUCAGUCGACGGGAGCUGGAGUGCCAGAGUGGGGCCGCCGACAUGAGAGAGCGGUUCUACACUUCCUGCAAACAGUACGGCAUCACGGGGGAGAACGUGGCCCGGGAGCUGCAGGCCCUGGUGAAGGACCUGCCCUCCGUGCUGGAGCAGCUGGGGAAGGAGGCGGCAUGUCUGGAGGACCCCAUCCAGCUCUACAGCGCCUUCGCGUGCUUUGUCUGCGAGUGGUCUGAGCCCGUAGUGCCCAUGUUGACCUAUGUCCAGCGGAAAGGGAACACAACGGUUUAUGAAUGGCGCACGGGCAGCCCGCCCUCCAUCGUCGAACGGCCCAAAGUGGAGGAGCCGCCCCCGGAUACAGUCACAGAGGAAGUGAUUGACUGGGGUGAACUGAGCGUUGCUGAGGGAGCAGGGGAUUUUGGGAUUUCGGUGGAGGACGGUGUUGACUGGGGCAUCAGCCUGGAGCCCAGCACAGAGGACGUUGGUUCAGAUGGCAUUGACUGGGGAGCAGGUGAUGCGGCUCCAGUGGAGAUUGAAGUUGUGGACGUGGGCACGGACUGCCCUGAAGGCGUGGCCAGAGGAGAGGACGCCCUCUCUGUGCUGGAGAAUCCGCAGACCCGUGGCCAGUUCAUCGACGAGCUCAUGGAGCUGGAGCUGUUCCUGUGCCAGAGGCUGAGCGAGAUGGCCGAAGAGGCGGACGUCGUGGCCAUGAGCCAGUUCCAGCUGGCACCCGCCGUCGUCCAGGCGCAGACGAGAGAGCGGGUGGAGGGCAUGCUGGGGGCGCUGCGCUCCCUGCUGGGCCGGCUGACCAACGUGCGCAUGCAGCACCUCUUCAUGAUCCAGGCCUCGCCACGGUAUGUGGAGCGUGUGUCAGAGGUCCUGAGGCAGAAGCUGAAGCAGGCAGACAUCCUGGUGCUGAAGCGGGGUGCUAUGGCAGAGCGGAGGCAGGAGGCGCUGGAGGAGCAAGCCAAGCUGGAGCCCCGCAUCGACUUGCUGGCUACCCGCACCCGCGAGCUGCAGAAACUGAUCGAAGGUGACAUCUCAAAGCGCUACAACAACAGGCCGGUCAACUUGAUGGGUGUCAGCGUGUGAGUGUGCGUGUGACCGCGAGGAUCCCUUCAUGCGUCGUAGAGCCCCAUUGUCACAACGCCGCCAUCUUUCUCCGUCAUCAAUAAAUUAUUGUCAGUUUGAAUUAAA